ACACCGGGUCCUUUUAAUUCUAUAAUUUUUCUUUGCUCAAAAUAAAUUUAAAUUGUUAUUGCGGCAGUGCUGCAUUUGCAAAUAGUUUUUCUUGGUGUGCAUAACAUACGAUAAAUAAUUUAGAACGCUCCAUCUACCGUGUGAUAUCGAUUUAAGUUCACCUGUGGCCAACUACAAGCCAAAUCGUCUCCGUCGCUACCCCUCAGACCCAGACCCAGUAAACGAUUUUUCUGGUGCAAUUAAAGUACAUUACUCACUGAUAAGGCAACGAGGAUAGCAAGCAUGGCGGAACGUGAGCGCAGCAUACAUGAAAUGCUUAAAGACACACCAUCGAUGAACGACAGCUGCGGUGCCGUGCACACUGGCACGGAAGGCGGCAGCCUGGGAAUGAUGGGGAUAAGCGGCAGCGCCAGCAGUCACAUUAUUGGAACAGGCAUCCCAUUAACGCCCACCACACCCAUGUCACCUAUAAGUCCACAAACGGGCAACGGUUUCCUAACAUCAGCAGACGGCAGCAGCAGCCUGAUACGGACGAGCGCUUCCAAGAUUGAUAGCAUCAAGAACUGGAGCAUAUCAACGUACAAGUGCACGCGUCAGAUAAUGCUCGAGAAGCUGGGGAAAUCACAGCGCACCGUCGACUCGGAUCUGGAGGCGCAAAUCGAACAGCUGCGCGAUACCCAACGAAAAUAUUUGUCCAUUUUACGAUUGACGCGCGCCUUCAGCUCACAUUUCCAACACGUUGUGGUGUCGCAGCAAUCACUGGCAGACGCCUUUGCUGAUCUGGCGCAAAAAAAUCCCGAACUGCAGAAGGAGUUCAUCUGCAAUUCGGAGACGCAACGAAACUUGACCAAAAAUGGCGAAUUACUCUUGAAUGCGUUAAACUUUUUCAUCUCAUCGGUGAAUACGCUAUGCAACAAGACCAUAGAUGAUACCCUCCUAACGAUACGACAAUACGAGACGGCUAGAAUCGAAUUUGAUGCCUAUCGAAUGGAUCUGGAGAACACAAAGCCAGAAAUCACCCAAGCGGCGUCUUCUCUGGAAGAGACCCAGCGCAGCUAUGCGCAUCACAAGGAUCAAUACGAAAAGCUGCGCGGUGAUGUAGCCAUCAAAAUGCAAUUUCUCGAUGAGAAUCGCAUCAAAGUGAUGCACAAGCAGCUCAUUCUGUUGCACAAUGCCAUUGCCGCGUACUUCUCGGGCAAUGCCAUGGCACUGGAGAGCACAUUGAAGCAGUUCAACAUUAAGCUAAAGUCUCCAAAUAACAUCACUGGUUCAUGGCUGGAACAGUAAUAUGGACCUGCACAUCAGCACAUUCAAGAAACAAAGUAUUAACCCCUGUAGCACAUGAACCACUUUUCGCCUACAUGCCGGCAUUUAUGCGUAUAUUCAUCUAAAGCUGAAGGAGUACGCUCUCUAUAAAAGCAGCAUGACUUGAAACAAUAUCUGAAGCUUAUAUUUAAGUCGAACUUCUAAUUGAUAAGCAGAAAGUGAAGGCGAGCACAGUCCAUGCAGCAUGAUUUCCAUGUAACUAUUUACAUUUCCACAUAACUCGUACUUAAAAUAGUUCCUUCUGUUUCAAAAUUUAUAUAUUUAAAUUGAACGCAACGCGCUCACCUCUACCAUUUGUAGCCGAAUAACGCUCAGUGCAAUAUAUUUAUAUAUUUAUUUGA